CACGCUUCUCUUCAGCAAGUUCCUGCUUCUUCUUCUCCCCCGAUUUAUAUAUUCCACGAAUGUAGCGCUCUCUGUUUCCUUUGUGUCGCAGGCCAUUCUCGUGUUGUUGACGUGAAGUGAGAGAAAAGUCAUCGCAAUUGAGGAACCCCCACCUUCUUCUUGCUGACCCAGUAUUCGCUCAUGUCUCUAUCAAGCUCGCGAAAGCAAGAAACGUCAACUGGAAUAAUAGAGGCUGGGUCUGCCUAUGACCAUUGCUCUGCAGAGUGCGGAAUAUACGCAAUAGCGAUGAAUUCUGCGAAAUUCUCCUUUUCAGCACUUCCCAUCGAGGGUGAAAGUGACAGUUCAGGGACGGAGGCUGGAGACGAAGUCCAAGCAUUACGACGCUCACCAAGGCAGUCGGCCGUCCCCGGGAAACCCAAGCAGGCGAAGCAGAAGACUCCCAAGGAGUCCAAGGUGGUUCCAACAAACUUGAAUACACCUACAGCGCCAACCGUGAACGUGAAAGAGUCCAAAUCAGCCACAACUAGCCUUGAAGAUGCACUAUCUACCAAAAGAAGCACUACCUUGGCAUCACAAGGGCCGACGAGUCUCACAGUAUCCCCGGCCGACGUCUCUUCUCCUAGUGAACCAACUGGUCCUACUACUAUCCUGAAAUCUUCAGCAAGGGAUCAUUCUCGAUCGCGUUCUCCCGCUCCGAAGGUUACCCGCUUUGAGCCUGAUCUCCCAUCGCUACCCACACCGCCGUCGACAGCAAUGGAGCGGAAAAGGAAAGCUUCAUCCGAUAUCGUGGUCCAACCAUUGAGCAAGGAGGUAAAGCUCUCUGAAGAGAAGAACGUUGUUCCAGUCUCAAAUGCGAAGGAAAAACCUGUGGGGACUGACGUAGCGGCCGUCGAGUUUGCAAAGAAGAAGCAAAACGCAAUCACUCGAACGAUAUGGACGUUAGUAAUGAUUUCAGGAUUCAUGAGCCUUCUAGUCCUAGGUCAACCGUAUAUAAUAUGCCUUGUGUUCGUCUGUCAGGCCUUGGUAUACCGAGAAGUCACUGCUCUGUUCUCCCUCACUCAUCCGUCGCCAAGGGGCGACGACGAGGAACGCACCAAUGCUUGGGACAGCGCACUCAACUGGUAUUUCUUCGCCAUUACUAACUAUUUCCUCUAUGGAGAGUCCAUCAUUUACUACUUCAAGCACGUCAUCUUCUCUGAUGCGCAGUUCCUUCCGUUUGCCACAAACCAUCGAUUCAUCAGCUUCAUGCUUUACACCGCUGGCUUUGUUGCAUUCGUCAGUCAGCUCAAAAGGGGCUAUCUUAAGCACCAGUUCGGUCUCUUCGCUUGGGUUCACAUGACUCUGCUGGUCAUCGUCGUGUCGUCUCACUUCAUCGUCAACAAUAUUCUCGAGGGUGUUAUCUGGCUUUGGGUUCCUUCCUCCCUCGUCAUCUGCAACGAUAUCUUCGCUUAUAUCUGCGGCAUCAUGUUUGGCAGAACCCCGCUUAUCAGGUUAUCACCUAAAAAGACUGUUGAAGGCUUCGUCGGGGCUUUUCUUUGCACAUUGGUUUUUGCUUAUAUUUGGGCCACGCUCUUCAUGGGAUACCCCUAUAUGAUAUGCCCCGUCCGUGACCUUGGCACACAUGCAUGGAGUCAUGUAGAGUGCAUACCUAAUCCUGUUUUUAUCUGGCGCGAGUAUCAUUUAUGGCCACCUCUGAAUGCCCUCCUGACGUCCUUCCUUCGUCCCGAUCGACCAUUCCCUCCCAUCCCUUAUGCUCCAUUCCAGUUACACGCCCUUGCUAUGGCUACAUUCGCGUCGCUCGUCGCUCCUUUCGGAGGAUUCUUUGCAUCCGGAUUUAAGCGUGCUUUUGAUAUAAAGGACUUCGGUGAUAGCAUUCCUGGUCACGGUGGUAUAACCGAUCGUAUGGAUUGCCAAUUUUUGAUGGGCAUGUUCUCUUAUGUCUAUUAUUCGGCUCUAAUCCGCCAACAUCAUGUUACUGUUGGCUCCGUUUUGCAAACCAUUGUUUCGAACCUCGCUGUUGAGGAGCAAGUGGAAUUGUUCAGCCAACUGAAACACUAUCUGGAUGGAAUUGGGGCUCAUCCUUAACUGUGGAUAUCUUGGAAACGGUGUUGGGUUGCUCCGAAAAAAUUUUUAAUCAGGUGCUUGUGCAUGUAAAUACCAUGCGUUGUUUGCAUGUCGUUAUCCAAAAUCGUUAGUACGUGAUCAUCAUUGGGAUGGGUACCCCAAGGUAUAUGUCGAGGAAAUGGGGGGUUGAAAAACAUGAAUCGCACAC